UCGUACUAACCAAUAUUAACUAUAGAUAGCGAAAAUAUCAAAACUAUAUUAUUGAAUACAACGAAACAAAUGUGAAAUUGUUUAUCUUUAAUAUGUCAUAUUUUACUUACGUGUAAUUGUUAUAAAAUUGCAUAACCGAACGCUUUCGAAGAUGUCUCAUAUAAUAGUAUUGCGAAGCUACAAGCCGGGCGAUGAAAUCAAUUGCAAGGAAUUAAUAAAAACCGGCGUGCUGUCAUCGUUAAAUUCAACAUUUUUUGGAAUAACUUUUAAGGAAUUAACUUUUCAAAUGAUGAUUUUGUUUGCUGCUAUUAUGUUCAUCUUCUUUGGAUUACCUCUCACCGUUUGCCUUUUAGUUGUUCCUCUUGUUAUUUUCUUUGUAUAUAUUGGAACUUACAUAGGUUUCACUACGAAAGCUAUGGAAGUCAAUGAAGAAGUUUCUAAUAUACCAAGGAUUUAUAUGUCCAAUGCCUUUUCCUGUUUUUGGGUGGCUGAAGCAUUUGAGCCUUAUCUAAUGACUGAAAGUCCAAAGAGUAUACAAUAUACCAUUAUGACAGAACAACAAUUCCGUGACUCAAACAUAGAUAUUUCAUCUCAAGUUAAAAGGAUUGUGGGUACAAUUGCCCUCUGUAAAAGUCACAGAUUAGACAAAGGUGCAUGGAUUAAAAGAUUACAUGUGCAUGAACAAUAUAGAAGGAAAGGAAUAGCUUCAUGCCUUCUUAAUAUUGCUGUAUUAUUUGCAAUAGAACAAGGAUAUAGUUGUGCUAAUACUGUUGCAUCAGAAUACACAGAAGGUGGAAGAGAAUUAUGUCUUAAAAAAGGUUUCGAAUUACAACAAAUGUAUCACAAACCUAUCCUAGGUUCGUUUAUAACAAUAUUGAUGUAUGAAUUAACAUAUCAAAUUAAGCCAGGUGAAGAUGUCUAUGUGCCUCCAAUUUAUAACAAAGCAAUGCUUAAUAAGUAA